AUGAAACGAGUUGAGAAAUUAUUCUAUAGAAUUCUUAUCUCAGUUUUGCGUGAUGACGUGAAGUACGAUUCAUUCGUGAUAGGGAGUGAUGAAGAUUUGAAAGUUCUAUUCCAUUGUUGUAGGCAGUUUCCCGAGGUGAGGACCCCUGAGUUGUUGGCCAAGCUCGUAUAUGUGGUCUCCAGCUCAGGUGGUUCGAACCGAAAUCCACAAGGUCCAGCGACGGCAGCAUGUUCUAGUUCGAGGCCUGGCUGUGCCUCCUCAUCCGUACCUGUGAUUGCACCUAAGGCACUGUAUGUUGCCUCUCCGUCCUUUACAGCUAAUUUACACCACAGUGGUGACAGAGUUGUAGGUGUUACUGAUACGGCACCGGUUUCAUUACAUGGUAGAGCACCGGAUGGUAUAGACGAUAUUCUACAUGAUGAUGAUGAGGAUGAGAAUGUGGAGUCGGACACCAUUGCCGAUGAUAGUGGUAGUGACAUAGCAAGGAGUAAUCCAGUUGGGAAUCCCGGUGCAGGGGUCGGUUUCGGAGCCAGAGACACACAGGAUGCUGGAGGACCAGGGGAGUUUCAGGUUGGUCAGCAGUUUCAGGAACGACGCGGAGUUCAGUACAAAGUGGUGGAGUAUGAUUAUCGCAAGUACUAUGGUAAGUGUAAGGAAUUUGGCAACGGGUGCGCAUGGUUGAUUCGGAUCAGUCUCCGGCAGCGCCGAGGUAUUUGGAGUGUGCAGCGGUACAAUGAACCUCAUACUUGUCUGGAGACAUCGAUAUCGAGUGAUCAUAGGAGUCUUGAUUACCAUGUGAUAUCCACAUUCAUAUUGCCAAUGGUUAGAGCUGAUGCUGCGGUGUGUAUCAAGGACGGGAAUGCUAACAUCCUGCCUGUUGCAUUUGCACUUGUGGAGGGUGAGAAUGCUGAGUCGUGGUCGUUUUUCUUAUCCCACCUCCGCCAGCACGUGACUCCACCUAUCCCCACCUCUACCAUCCUUCGCCAUCAAGAAGUCAAUGUUCAGUGCGGGACGGGGUAG